AUGACCACUCAGCACGUCAUCACGGUCCAGCCCCAGUUUUUGGCCGGUCAGCGGCCAGGCCAGUGGCAGACGGGGCUGAUGGACUGCUGCUCCGACUGUGGCGUCUGUCUUUGCGGAACCUUCUGCUUCCCCUGCCUGGGCUGCCAGGUGGCUGGGGCCAUGAACGAGUGCUGCCUGUGCGGGACCAGCGUGGCCAUGAGGGCCCUCUACCGCAAAACACCCGGGUCGUUGGGGUCCAUCUGCUCUGACUUCUGUACCGCCAUGUGCUGCUCCCCGUGCUCCCUUUGCCAGCUUAAGAGAGACAUCAACCGGAGGAGGCAGAUGGGCAUAUUCUGGUAA